CGCAUGCGCGUUUAGUCAGGGGUGUGCGGUCGGCCGCGGGGAGAUGGACAAGCUGAAGAAGGUGUUGAACGGGGAGGAUUCGGCGGACGACCAGGGCGCUCUGAGUGAGGUAAUUGAAGGCAGCUCCUUAGGAUGGGGAACCCGAGUGAAGGGCUUUCUUGUCUGCUUUGUAGCUGGAAUUCUGUGCUCCAUUUUGGGUGCGUGCUUUCUCUGGAUUCCAAAAAAGGGGUUAAUACUUUUCGCUGUCUUUUAUAGCAUUGGGAACAUAUCAUCCAUCGGUAGUACAUUGUUCUUGAUGGGGCCCGUCAAACAAUUGAAAAAAAUGUUUGAACCAACUCGAUUAAUUGCUACCAUUGUUAUGCUUGUUUGCCUUGUGUGUACGCUGUGCUCUGCAUUUUGGUGGAAGAAAGCAGGGCUUGCUUUGAUAUUCUGUGUGUUGCAGUUCUUUGCCAUGGCCUGGUAUAGUAUUUCGUAUAUUCCAUUUGCAAGAGAUGCAGUGAUAAAGUGCUUUACAACAUGUUUGGCUUGAAAGCCACUUGCAUGAAGAUGGGAAGGUAGAACAUCAUUUUAAAGGCAGAGGACUGCAUUUUGAGCUUUUCUGUGUCUGUUACGAAGAAUCACAAGUUUCGCUAAGUGUCUUAAUUGGUGCCUUUAGUAAUGACAAUAAUUGUAUCUACAUUUCUUGAAAUGUCAUUCACAAUUGGGAAAAUUACUGUCGCGCUUAACCAGAUUAUCUAGUUAUUAUUAUAAAAGGGGUAAAUGUUCACUCAUGUUGGCAUAACAUUUAUUAUAAAAGUAUAACCUAAACCAUUUAAUCUCUUGGUCACAAAGUGUUGGUUUUAAGCAAAAAGACCAUCUGUAGUUUACUAAUCGAACAUGGAUUAUAGGUCUUUCAGAAAUGCAGCUAUAACUUCUGCAAAUGUAUCAAGGGUUUUGUGAAAAUGAAGUCUUACAUGGAAGAAACUGAAAACACUUGUGGUUGAUUAAUUAAACUGAAACAUUUUGAAUAUUGGCCACAGUGAUUUCAGCAUUGUAACCUUAUUACCUUAAUUUUGUGAUUGAAAAUAUUUUUGGUAUUGACAUUUUUGGAGUGAAAGUAUAGUUUUUACAAAACUGGAUAAGAAAUGUCUUAAUUUAUUAUGGAUCCUCAUGACAACUAAUUUUUGUUUUGUGCACUACUGUGUCAUCAAAAGGAAAAAUAGUCAUUUUCCUAAGGUAAAAAUCCAGUGAUUUUUAAAGGGUUUACAUCUAAAGUAUAAGCAAUGGUGCCUUCAUUUUUGGGGAAUUCAGACACUGUUCAAGUCUUUAGCUACAGUGUACCACAUGCAGACAAUUUUCAAUCUACUAAUAUCCAGGUGCCUCAUGAAAUCCAAGUAACUUAACAUUUUGAUAUUAAAUAUUUUGGGGCUAAAGGUUACAAGUGUGCUGUUUCUAUCAAUAUGAUGUUGGUCUUAAAUACACUCAACAAAUAUUGCCAUUCUUUUUUAUGAUAAAUGAAAACUGAAGAUGGGAUUAUAUAAUGGAUUUAGAAUUUAUAAUUUCUUUUAUUCAAAGGAUCAGAACUGCAUUCCAUGCAAAAUUUCACUAGAGGAAAAUUAAUACUAUAGAUCAAUAAAUAACAAGGUGCUUCUAAAACCUGAUAUGGUGAACUGCAUUUAUGACACAUCUGUUUCCAUUCCACCCCCCCACCCAUUUCCCUAUAUAAAUGUUGAACUUCAGAUUGUGUGUUUACCUUUAUAGAACUAUUUCAGUUAAAUGUCAGUGCAAAUCUAACAAAACAGUUUAAAAUGUUAAAUGGUGUUCAGUUAAGAUUUUCCAUUUUGAUUAUGAAGUUUCACCUUUUAUAGAAUUAUGGAUGCAGGUUGAAUAUGGGGGUAAAAUUAUGUUUAACUUUGGGGACAAUUUACAUUUUCCAUUCUGAAGAUUGGCAUCAGGCUAUUAGAUGUAGUUUAUUCCAGGGAAUUUAUGUUGGCUGAUUAUAGUAUUUAUUGAAAUUGUUAUUGAAGGUAAUAUUUGAGACCUCAGAUGACAGGAUGAUAUAGUAUAUAAAAGCUUGCUGUAAAUAAAGCUACUUCCAUCAGUGCCUAUAACACGCCAGACACUGGAAGUUGCUUUAUGGUUUUGAUGUCUAUGCUUGUAUUUUUUUUGCUAAUUUGCUCUUUUCUCUCUUCAAUGAUCUUUUGUGUAUGUAGUUUUAUGAACCAACUACAAUUUUCUCUGUAUAAUCAGAAUAUUUUCCCAUGUCAAUUUUGCAACAACAGUAUAUUCUGCCCACUUUUGACAAUGAGUGCCUUAGAGCAGAUAUGCAUUUUGGGAUUGUAAUUAUGUGCUGUAUUUAUCUACUUUGUAAUUAAUCUUAAAACUUAAAUAACAUUGUCUUAUCUGCUGUAAUACUUUUGAUUUUUGCAUUUUCUAUUGAAACUUAGAGCAUUUGAACACUAAAUUACAUUUUGUAUUUAAGUAAUUCAGUCAUCUCUAAUAAAUGAAUUAGCAUCAAAACAGCUUUCAGACCUACUUUUCAAGGUCAUUGAAGCCAAUUGUUUUCCUCUUCAGAUGAACUUGGUGCAGACUGGAGAGCAAACUCAGUGAAUGAAAAUAUUUUAAAAAGGGAACUGCAGAUGCUGGAAAUAUGAAAUAAAAACAGAAAAUGCAGGAAACUCUCAGCAGUUCAGGCAGCAUCUGUGGAAAGAGGAACAGCUAAUACUUCAAGUCCAGGACUCUUCGUAGAACACUUUCUACAGAUGCUGCCUGACCUGUUUCCAGCAUUUUCCAUUUUUAUUUAAAAUUUUGGAGUCGUUCUCAUUUAUUUAGCUCAGUUUCCAUUGGAAGGAAACAGGUUUAAUUGUUAUUUUGUAUGUGGAACAAAGGGAGAAAGGUAUUUUCCUUCACAUUCCACCAUUUGAGUUUUGUCCUUGUAUGAUACAAAGAUGGUUAAAUUAUAACAAUAUUGGUGCAAAUAUAAUUUUUCAAAACCAAAAGUUGCAUCUGUAAUAUCCCAUGUGAAAUUGAUUUUUUAAUUUCCCAUGUCUAGUAGUGUAUCAUUUGAAAUUUUAGUUGGAAAUAAUUUAUGCUUAAAAUUGCUACUCUUUCCCUGUUGAGUGAAUUGUUUGUCAUGAAGUUUCAAAGAAUAAUAUGUACUGAUUUAUGAAUGAAAUUUUACUUGCACCAUUUUUUCCAACUCAAAUUUCCAUCUAUUUUUUUUGUUGGGAGCCUAGGUUUCAGACUGAAUAGUUAUUGCUAACUGGUUUCAAGAAGAAAAUGAACCAUGUCCUAGAUUGUCUCUUUCAAUACUAGCUAAUGGAAAGGUAAAGGGAGGAAAAUAUUGUAUCCAUAUUUUUAAGCUGUGAAUCUGCAUUUCCUUUGACACCUUUAUGUAGAGACAAUUGCUUUCAAUAAUAACUGCAUCUAUUCUAGAUUUUGCACACUUAAAAUGAUACAUUGUAGUAUAAUUCAUGUAAAUGGGUAUAUUUAUAGAAGUGUUUAUUCUGUACUUUGUGUGUGUGUUGAAAUGGGUUUUGCAUUUUUGAUUUGUAUGGAUUAACGUAAAGAAAAGCACAAAGUGCCAGCUAUCUCUUUGCAGAGUCUCUGCUUACUGGUGUCUAUUGCUUUAUAUGUUCUAGAAUAAAUUGGUAGCACCUUGUACUGUAGAUUUUCACUAAAAUUGUUCUCUUGGCUUCUGAUUAUUGUAAUAAAACAUUUUUAAAUUGAAAUGA